GCAGCAGCAACACCAAGUCCGCGAUUCCGAACGCAUCAGUCCGACCUGUCCGCUCGCGCCGUCAUGCCGGCCCGAGAACACAGCACUAGUUCUACGUCGUCUUCCGGUCCGCAACCGUCUUCUGCAGCAGUUCGCGAAUAACGAUCGAAUCGACGUAAACCCAAUCAUUCUCCGACCCAGUCAUUUCCUAUAACUGUAUUAGUGUCCGAGGAACCGUGUUUCUAUUUUUUUUUCUUCCGGUCGAGCUUUAUAAAAUAAUUUUUUAUUCAAAUUAAUUUUCACCUACCCGACUACAUAAUAUCGCAUAGGUAUUAUAUUUAAUUUUCACAUAAAUAAAUGGCUGGAGCGUUUUCUCAUUGACACCGGUCAUUCGUAAGAUUCGCGUCAUGUUCGCCAUGUCACCGAGAUGCAACCGUCUGAGGUGUUUGUUAGUAUUUUUACCCACCCUGGCAGCGGUGAUGUUAUUGGCCGAUCGAUGUCUCGGGUCCGACAAUAACAACAACAAUGGCACGACCACAACAACCGCCAUAUCUGCUUCCGAACUGUCGUCGUCGUCUCCAUCUUCUUGGGCCGCUGCCACUGCCGAUUACCCGACACAAUCGCCACUGACGAACGGCGGCAACGAUACGGCCGGGCAGUCACCGGUCGGCAAACCCAGCAAGUUUGACGAACACGUGGAAGAUUGGCAGUACGUGGAUGAUCCGUUGAAGAACUUGACAACGGCCGGAGAACCAGUUCCCUCGAUCGCUGGUAACUCGACCGUGUGCAAGAUGUGUUCGAUCGACAAGGCAAACACCCGGCGUAACAAGCGCAAUCACGACAACCGGUUGUUUAAGAUGGCCGUCAAGUCGUCGCGACACCGAGACUUAUACGCCCAGCUAAUGGCCUCCGUGGCGUCCAAACAGUCAUACCGUCGCAAGAGAUUCCGCCGUACGCCAGCCCCUUCGACAGCCGAGUCGUCCACAUACAAGCAGUUGUUCCGGUUCAAGCGGUACCGACGUUCCGUCGCUGACAUCGCGGACACGGUUGGCGAUGUCGCGAACACGGCUGAAGAUACCGCGGACACGGCUGCAGACACCGCGGACACGACUGUAGACUUUUCAAUGGCACGUUUGUCGGAAUCCAAACAGCUGUACCGGCGUAAGCGGUUCCGUCGUUCCGCGGUGGCCGCAUACCCGAACGGUAUGAUCCGACCUUACCACUAUAACAACAACAACAACCACCGGUAUCAGCAGCAACAGUACGCGCCCUCGUUGGCCGCCGAUCUGCAGCAGCAACAAAACCGCCGUCGGCGUUACCGGUACGCCGCGGAUCCGUACCACCACAAACGGAACGGCGCAGCGGCCACCGCCUGGGACCGUUCCGCCGAGUUCCGGCGCCGGUACCUCAGGUUCCCGCCCACCCACGAUGCUCCGCCACCAUCAUACAACAACAUCGUCAACAACAACAACAACCCGUGGUCGCCCGCCGCCGUACCGCCAGGCCUCUUGUCACAGCAACAGCCUUUCAGUUACUUACCCCAGUACCCGGUCCAACAACAACAACCACCGUCUAUGGGGCCCAGGAGUCCCCGGCUCGUGUUCCGGGACCCCGUUGACCAAGGAACGCUCCAGGCGCCGUUCGGCGGUGGUCCCAAUGGACUCCAAGACCUGUUGGUCUCGCAGCCCGAUGACGUCAAAGAUGAAUGGACCGACUUGGACGUAGACAGCAAACGCAAUAGUUUGUGCAAUACAGGAAGCUGUGAAUUUUUGUUAACUUGCUGGAUGGCUUCCGGUUACAUUGAGAGCACCUGUGGUGGCUUCCUGUACGUCUGUUGCGACAGAAAUUCCGCCAAAACGAACGAAAAUAUUGCUAUCAAUACUAACAGAGCGUCGGUGCCGGUCGACUAUGGCCCAGUGACUAACGAUCCCAGUUGUGGUGUUUCGGUGGCCAAGCAACAAGGAGCGCAAAGAAGAAUUGUCGGAGGUGACGAAGCUGGGUUCGGCAGCUUUCCGUGGCAGGCUUAUAUUCGCAUUGGAUCCAGUCGGUGCGGUGGUUCGUUGGUGAACAGGUAUCACGUAGUAACAGCCGGUCACUGUGUCGCCAGGGCGUCGGCGCGACAGGUGCAGGUGACGCUUGGGGAUUACGUCAUAAACUCGGCGGUGGAACCGUUGCCGGCUUACACGUUCGGCGUCCGCAAGAUCAGCGUGCACCCGUUCUUCAAGUUCACGCCGCAAGCCGACCGGUUCGACGUGGCCGUGCUCAGGUUGGACAGACCGGUGCAGUACAUGCCGCACAUAGCACCCAUCUGCUUGCCGGACAAGGGCGAAGACUUCUUGGGCCACUACGGAUGGGCCGCCGGAUGGGGAGCUUUGCAAGCCGGUUCUAGACUGAGGCCGAAAACGCUGCAGGCCGUCGACGUGCCGAUCAUCGACAACAGACAGUGCGAGAGAUGGCACAAGUCCAACGGCAUAAACGUUAUAAUCUACGACGAGAUGAUGUGCGCCGGUUACCGGGAAGGAUCGAAGGAUUCGUGCCAAGGUGAUUCGGGCGGACCACUGAUGCUGGAAAAGACGGGUCGAUGGUACCUGAUCGGGAUCGUUUCGGCCGGUUACUCGUGCGCACAACGCGGUCAGCCCGGCAUCUAUCACCGGGUGGCGUUGACGGUCGACUGGAUUUCCUACAUAAUCAAUUCGUCGCAACAAUAAUAAUGAGAAUAAUAGUAAAAAAAAAAAAAAAAUGAAACAGUUUAGUCUUGUACCUCACCUAUACACCAUAUGCCGUGCGUAGGUCCCCGACGGACCGAUGCACACAUUGUACAUAAAUAAUAUUAUGAACGGUGCGUACCGAUUUUCUGAUAUCCAAAC